AUGUCAGACCGAGAGUUUGGAGGCAAGUAUAUAUGCCCCGCACCCCUCCCAACCGUCCAAAAAAUAAUAACAGAGAUCCUCCCCGCUUCAUCCGGGCAAACCUUCGCUAAAGAUGCCCGCGACCUCCUCAUAGAAUGUUGUGUCGAGUUUAUAACGUUAAUAUCCUCUGAGGCAAACGAUAUUAGCGAGAAGGAGGCGAAAAAGACCAUCGCGUGCGAACACAUCGAGAAAGCGUUGACGGAUUUGGGUUUCGGAGAGUAUGUACCCGAUGUACUGGCAGUGGCAGAGGAACACAGGGAGCAGUUGAAGUCCCGUGAGAAAAAAGUCAAUAAGAUGGAGCAGAGUGGCCUCACGGAAGAAGAGCUGCUCAGACAACAGCAGGAACUAUUCCGUUGUGCUGGCGAGAAGUAUAAUGCGGCCAGUUGA